AUGGCCUCGUUGAACGUGGUCUGUCCGAAUGCGCGCCGCUGUCCGGUCAAAGUCACGCCGGGGAAGCUGCUUCGCGAGGUGCUCGAAGAAGCCUGCUUACGCCAGGGCUACGUCCCCGAAGAAUUCGAGCUGGUCCACCAGAAGAAGCGCGUCGAUCUGUCGUUGCCCUUCCGGCUGUCUGGACUCCCGAACAAUGCUGCCGUGGAAUUGAGCAAGAGAUCUGGCACGGGGAGUGGUAUGGCUGAAAUUGCUUUACAGGACGCCGAUGGAAAGCGUAUGACCGCCAAAUUUCCUCUGGAUGCAACGCUUGCUGACGUGCUGACGCAAUUCUCCAACCAAUUCGGCUCAAAUCUUUUGACCGAAGACGGAGGGCUUCAACCGUCCUGCGCCUAUAUGAAUAAACAGUACAAAGGGUUGCUCCAGUUGGAGACAACCAGUCUGCGUGCGAUGGGCCUUGGCCAGGAGCGAGCUUUGAUGAGAUACAAUCGUGUCCCAAUCAGUCCUGAGGAACUAGCUGCUCUAAGGGAUGAAAUCGAGAAAGAACUGGAGCGCAAGGCCACGCUGUCGAGGGAUUUUGAACGCAACAAAGUGGAAAAUGCCCGCCGAGAGCAAAUUGAGCAGGAACGGAUGAGGAAAUUCGAGGAAGACCAGGCCAGGGCGCGCGCAGAGCAGACGAAGUUGGAGCUGGAACGCGAGAGCCAGCAUCAGGAGGAAUCGAUGGAGAUCGACCAGCCACCCGUGAAUUCUCGGGACAUCCUGCCGGAGGCUCCCCAAGCUGACCCGAAUUCUUGGUCCUUUGACAGUGGCCCUUUCCGCACGAGUGCCGCACCGCCACCGCAAAGCGAUCGCCUCACACGCCUGAACAACCUUCUCUCAAACGUGAACCAGUCUCUCUCUGGUCAGGGCGCCAAUGGCAUCGAUAAUCUUGUCGAGCGACUGGCAAACGAUGGUCGCAUCUCGAUCGCGCCGCAAGAAAAUUUGUAUCCGCUGCGUGAUUUUAAGUUCCCGGAUCAUCCUACGACAAGUAGCACAACCACAGAGCAGUCUGAUGGCCCCUCCAAGCCUGUGGAAAAUUUUGCGCCGGCGGCAGAUCGUGAAACGAUUGUCUUCCACAAAAGCGACCCCGCCACCACCAGCCACAAUGGCGGAAGCAAGGAGUUGGACGAGAACUUUUUCGAGGUCAACGUCAACGAUUUGCGUUCGAUGCAGAAGGGGCUGGCCGAAGAUGUGAAACGGGAACAGCAACGCGCCCUCUUGCCUAAAUCUUACAUCGAAAUGAAGAACAAAGAACGCAAAUUGGUUGCAUGGAGGAAUACCGUGAUCCGCAUCGUGCUACCCGAUCGCCGCAUCAUACAGGGCAAUUUCAACUCGAAUGAGCCAGCUUCCCGUGUGACGGAAUGGAUUGCGGAGACCCUGGCGGAUGAGAAGGAUGCUUUCUCGUUGAGUCUGGCCCUCCAUAUCCCGUUCGACAAUUCUUCCUCGAAGUCGUUGAUUGAUGUGAACGUCGCCCCAGCAUGCACGAUGUAUCUCAAGAUGAAGCGCACACGCGAGGAUUACGGCGAACUGUUGCGCGCCGAACUUUCCGUGACUGGCGAAGCGGACGCUGAUCAGCGCAGCAAGGCUUGGCUCUCCGAGAACAGCGUGUAUACCCCGUGGACUGGCGCGGUCAUUGAGGAUACGCGUGGCGGAGUCGUUCGACGGGCCAACGAUGAUGGUGAAGCGCCGGCCGGAAAGCAUUCCGGCGAUAUUCUAACUAACCGCAAAGAGGAGCUCGUGCAACAACAUGAUAAAGACGUCGCGGCGGACAACGGCACGAACGGCAUCCCACUGAUCCCGAGCGACUACGGCGACAUCCGCGAGGCCAUCAACAACUUUGUGACGGUGUUUGAUGCUAGGUAUCGGAACGGCGGCAUCUCGGCCAAGUCGGCUCCGAACUUCUUCCACGGCGCCCUCCAGGACGCCGUGCAACAGGCGUUCGAUCCGGUUGGAGGCGGUGCGCAAGAGCGUCGCCCGCUCGCCCUCUACCUGCACCACGACCGCAGCGUCGCUGCCAACAUUUUCCCGCAGAUCCUCAUGUCGGAUGCCGUCUCCAGCCUCCUGCGCGCCCAAUACGUCCUGUGGCCUUGGGACAUCACCCACCCAGAUCACAAGAACCAGCUACGUGACUGGAUGUCGAUCGGCUCGAUGGACGAGGUGCGCCAAGUGUUCGAAUUCCGCACCCGGAACCGCGAUCUCUUCCCGAUGCUCCUGCUCAUCAUCAAGGAGAAGGGCACGUUGAAGGUCGCCGAGUACAUAUCCGGAACUGAUGGGAAAGAAGUUGCCGUGGAAAAACUGAUGGCCGUCCUCGACGCCUACAACCAAAUUCGCCUGAACUCCAUGGCUGACGAGGCGGCACGCAUCGAACGGGGUCGCCUACUUGAGGAGCAACGCCAAGAAUACGAGGCCUCCCUGGCUGCUGACCGCGCCCGUGACGAGGCCCGCCAACGUGCCAUUCGUGAACAGCAAGAAGCUGAGGAGAAGCGUAUGCAAGAAGAAGCUGAGGAGGAGAAUCGCCGGAAGCGCGUCGAGCAGCUGCUGCCUGCAGAGCCCGCUGAAACGGAGACCAACCUGAUGCAGAUCAAGAUGCGGUGCCCGGGCGGAGAGCAGCUGAUGCGCCGCUUCCGACGCGCAGAGACCCUGGAGAUGCUGCUCAACUACCUCGACACUAAGGGCUAUCACACCGACAAGUACAAGUUCUUCAACGCCGAUUUCCCGAAGAAGGAUAUCACCACCUUGGACAAGCAAUCGACGUUCAACGACUUGAAGUGGCCCGCCCGAGAGCAGAUCUUCGUGGAAGAACUC